ACAAAAGCAAUUUUCUGAGCAUAAACCAAAUAGUCCAAAAUGUUGGGAGUUUGCUUUGCUUUGCAUUUUGGGGAGCUCCUGUUAUGUCAUUCUUCUUAAGAAUGGAUUAAAAUUUGAGAAAUAAACCAUGUGUCAUGUGUAAUUAUACUUUGUAAUAUUCAUUAUUGUGUCCCUUCAUUCUUCUGAUUCUCAUUUUGGCUUCUACAAGGCACACUCUACUUCUUGUGAUUGUGGUGGAGUGGAGGGUUUUGGUUAUUCUCUGCUUCAACUUGAAAAACGUUAAGAGUGCAUGCAUGUUGUUUGAAGAGCUUCUAUCAACUAAAGCUUACAAGUUUGUGGCAUUCAAACAAUUAUAUGGGAAUUUGUGUGUCUAAGGCUAAAACUAAGGAUGAUGAUUCUGAUCAUAAUGUGGAGUUUGCUGCUGGGAAUGUGAAACUUAUUACAACCAAAGAAGCUUGGGACCAAAGUUUGGAAGAAGCAAGGAGGGAUGAUAAAAUAGUGAUUGCAAAUUUCAGUGCAACGUGGUGUGGUCCUUGUAAGAUGAUUGCGCCAUAUUACAGCGAGUUAUCCGAGAAAUACACGUCUAUGAUGUUCUUGUUAGUUGAUGUGGAUGAACUAACUGACUUCAGCACUUCAUGGGACAUCAAAGCCACACCAACCUUCUUCUUUCUCAAAGAUGGACAACAAAUUGACAAACUUGUAGGAGCCAACAAGCCAGAGUUGCAGAAGAAGAUUGUUGCAAUUAAUGAUUCAGUUCCCGAAACUAAGCAGUGACUGUUGUUUCAUUCCUGUUGAUGUGCAUGUAAUUUGUAGUUUUUUAAGUCACAAAUCGUGGUCAUGAGUGUUGUACUUGUUUUUUUUUUUUUUUUUUUUUUUUUUUUUUUUUUUUGCAGUGAGUGUCUUUGUAUUUUUUCCUCGAAUGUAAAUAUAAGACAUGUCACAUGAAUUUCUCCAAUUCAAAGUGAUGUUGCUGUAAUGUUGCUGUAGUUAGAACAAGCCUGUUUUGCAAAUAUAAAAAUUUGUUGUUCUUUGUU